UAUUAUUCCUGUGUUUCAAUAUCUAUAUGCACUGCUCAAGGCAAUUUGCAGGUAAAUCCUGACUGACAGUAGUACCCCUAUGGGAUACCAUGGAUGCUCACAAUACGUCAUACACCAGACUAGACGACGUAGUGGCUUAGUGAUCACCACACUAACAGCAAUAUAUAUUUUUCUAAUUUACAUCUACCUAAGAAAUCGUGCACGACUCGAUGAGUGGGAACAAAAGUUCCCGACAUUUUCUUACGACGAAGCAGAACUUUCUGAAUUUGUGGAGUUCAUAUCCUCCUGGUGUCUUCACAGUAAGAGAAGACUUGACUGGAAAGGUAUACGAAGCCCUUGUGCAGACAACACAAAAUGGGGCUUCAAUAAACAGUACUAUACAUUUAGAAACCAAACAAGCACUAAAAAAUCUUUCUUGACUUUGUGGGACAUUCAGCCUGCUGGGGAGUUCAGUCGCAUUGGACUCCAGACUGUCUCUCUGGAAGGCAAAAACAAAGCAUUCGGAGGAGACUCAUGGAGGGUUCACAUUAGAGGACCUUCGUCGGUAUCUCCUACGGUUAUUGAUCAUGAUAAUGGGACGUAUGAGGUGGUGUUUCUACCUCCUGUACCAGGAAACUACAAAGUUACCAUAGUGCUUGAGUAUUCUCUUUGUGAUGGCCAUAAAGAGCCUACCGUAGAUUGGUUUAUAAAGGGUAACGCCCAAGGUAAAUAUCAACCACCUAACGCACUUCCUGGCUUCGAGAAGCCUUUCCUCAUCAGUUCUUUAUGGAAUGGUGUGCCGAUAAAUGUAAAGAUAAUUCCUUCAAGGAAACCUCAAUUCGCUAAAUACGCAGCAUUGUUCCCGUCUUUUUAUCCUGCCUGUGGUAUAAAGUGUAGGUACAUUGCAGAAGGUGAAGGAUAUUGGAUCAAAAAUAAAUGGCUUCGAUAUACACGCGGUGAGCUAAGAAGACCCCAUAAAAGGAAGACGGGUACAUUAUGGAUAUAUGGUGAUUCCAACGGUGAUUUCUUUUAUAAGCUCAUCCAGAGACGUCCUUUGUGUAGGGAAAUAUUUAAACAAUGUAACAGAACAUACAACUGGGUGUAUAAACUUCCGGGAGGCAACCAGACGAUUGGGAAACUCCAAAAUGACGACUUAGAUUUCAGCGUAGAGAAACUUUUGAGCGAAAUCAGCGAGGUCUUGAACGACACCUCGAUGAGAGAGGACAACAGCAGUGUCAUUAUACUUAACCUUGGCCUUCACUAUGUUCAGAAUAUAAACUUUACGAAAUAUAGAGAAUUGAUUGAUAGGACAAUUAUGCUGUUCAAGGGAGGGGAGGCUGGGGAAAAUGGAGACAUUGGAAGAAAUUAUCGUGGACAAAUGAUAUGGAAGACAACUACUGCAAUGAAUAGAGAGAAAUACGGAGAUCCUCGAACAGGAGCCAGACAUUCAAAGUCCUUGAGGUUUCUGACAUAUCAGCGUUUACAACUUUACAACGCUUACGCUACAAAAGCCAUGUGCGAUGCUGGAUUCGAUAUCCUUGAUGUGUUUCCCAUGACAGACUCGUACCCGAACGGUACGGGAUUACCUCAUAAGCCAUACGAUGCCGCACACUAUCCGGUAUCGACAUUCGUUACAGCUGCGGAACUUCUUGAAAGAUACUUCGAAGAGAAUAAAUAAAGGACCUCGAUGGUACUUUUGAGUUAGUACAACCGAUGGAGGGAUCAUUUACUGACGACCUUUAUGACACGACAAUGCAAAGGGAACUGAAACAAGUAUAAAAGUUUCUAUGUAUUGUCAAUGUCCCUUGCUCAAAUAAAAUCUAGAUUUGCUACGGACAUGCAUUUAACAUGUCAUUUAGUACUUGUACUUUUGUAACUAACACAACUGUACAACUACAAUGAAGCGACCUAAUCUACUGAUCCAAGCUCUACUAUUCGCACAAAGAAAAAUAAAGACGUCAACAAGACACAGAAAAGUCGAAUCUGAAGUAGUCCAGAACUUAACCCACGUUUAUUUCUGCUUUUUUUUUUUUCGUAUCCAAAUCAACGUACGUAGGCGCGCAAAGAUGCAUGGGAAUGAAAUUAUCACAAUCAUUACGAAAUUCUGUACUACCAUUGCGCGCGCAUAACAAUAAACACUACUGGAUUAAAUUUCAAGCCAGAAUGAAAAGAUACUAUUAUAUUGAAGAAAAAGAAAGGAGCUACGAACAAUUCAAAGUAAAAUCUCAAUCGUUUAAGAAGAAAAUAACUUCAGGGAUUAUUGUUUACGUCAACCCGAUAAUACCCCCAUGCACGUGUUGAUCUCUACUACAGACAUAAUCACUAUGAUAUCAACAUAAGUUAGAACCCUUUAUUCGCAUUAAUAGACAGAGGAAUUAUUUUGCUUGCUCAUCAAAUGGAAUCAACCCAGUUAAGUGUAGGUUCUUGAGGAGUAAAUAUUCAAAUAGUGAGAAGAGAUUGGAAAUGAAAUGUAGUAGAAAGCGAUACCUGUAAAUUACCAAGAAUGUCAGCUGCAAAACAAAGUUCAACAACCACUUAGGUUAGGCACGUGGAAUACGCGAACCUGAAACCUUGGUCUUUUGCCAGUUAGAACGUGCUUGGCGGAUGAAAUGGAUGUGAUAACCAAUACGCUAUCGAAAAGUGACAGACUAAGAGCUGUUUGUAAAACAUGUUUCUGUAACUCCGUACAUGAGAUUAGUGAGCUUUCCGUCGUUUAAUAUCAGGCGAUAAACUAGUAACUCUGACUGUCGUAAGCUUGAUGGACGGAAAUAAAAUCAUUCAAAAUAUGAAGA